AUGCCCCCUUCCCCUUUCACCGCCACCCUAAUCCAAUCCACCAUCCUCAACGCAAUCUCCAACCUCCUGGCUCAAGUGAUAGACCAGCACAAGAAGAACAGACCCUUCUCCCUCAACACCCUCGCUCUCCUCCAAUUCGUCACCUACGCCAUCCUCAUCCUCCCCAUCAACUUCUCAUGGCAGAAUUACCUCGAGGCAUGGUAUCCGGGGUUUCCCUCGUGGAAGAAGAAGAAGAAACGAGGCACUACUUCUGAUGCUGAGAAGCGCGAUGGAGACGAUCUCAAUCUCGAUCUCGACCCUGAUAUUGAUCUUGAUCUCCUACCAGUGAAGGAGAAGCCUGCGUGGUUGCAACCGGCGGCGCGGAAUAAGACGAGGAGAUCAGGCCUGUGGAAUUUCUCGAUGAAGUUUCUGCUAGAUCAGACGGUGGGAUCAGUCGUGAAUAUUGUUUUGUUUGUGGUUUUGAUUAAUCUGUUGAAGGGGAUGGGGUGGACGAGGAGUUGGGAGUUGGUUUGGGAGGACUUCACACCUAUCAUGAUAGCUCGACUCAAGUAUCGACCUGUUGUGUCGACACUGCUGUUUACGGUUGUUCCCGUGGAACGGAGGGUGGUGUUUGGGAGUGCGUGUGGUGUUGUCUGGAGUAUUUAUCUGAGUCUAUAUGCGGCUGUGUAG